ACUGCACCAGAUCCUGGGCAGUCACACCAAAAAGGUACCGGCACGAGUCUAUGUUGAUAGCGAUGGUUGGUGCCCAAUGAUCACUCACUCACUGCCUCAUAUGACGGGCAAUGGAUGUGCUAUUUUUGUGGUUCCGUUAUUUUUUACAAUAGCCAAAGAGCCCUGUUCACCACAAGCGGGCCGAGACAGUCGACGACGCCUAGUAUAGAUCAAUGCAAACAAAGGGCACGAAGGACCGUGAGGGAAGGAACUAGCGGCCGAGAAGAGUCAAGCAGCAUGCCUUACACUGGCGGAGGGCAGGAGGGAAAAAAAAAAGAAAAGAGAGGCGAAGAAUAUCAUGCUGGCUCAGGUAUAGUCCGCUCAAAUAAACAGGGUGGGGCUGGUCAUUGAUAAUUAUUCCAGUCAAAGGGGAAGAAAAGGGUAAAGAGAGAGUGACAACAGAGACACCGUAGGGGCAAAAC